GCUAUAAUAAGAAAUAGUCAAAUGGUACAUGACAAUACGCUAUGCUAAAUUGAAAAUGUUGAAAGCUGGCAAUGUCGAUGUCGAUGAAAAAGAGUUGGUAAAGAUAACGACGAAAGAUUUUGUUCGUGAAGGAAGUGUUUCAAAACGAGGACCAAGGGCACGAAAGGUUAUGACGUCACCUCGGGUUUUAACGAAUACGAGGCCCCGCUCGGCUACGGCUUUUCGAUUCACACCAGAUCGAGUUUACGAAUUUAGUGCUGGCACGGAGGACGAACGCGAAGAGUGGGUUAAAGACUUGAAGAAAAUAGUAUCAACGUCAUUAACGGAAGAAGAUAGAAAAGCAAUUACGUUGAGCGAAGAUUUGGAAAGAAAAAAAUCUCAACAAAGUUCGUUAUCCAGAAUAAGUCAAAAAUUUUCAUAACAUAUAAAUUAUAU